UUGUUAGUGGUUUCAUUCAGUAAUGGUGGAGAAAAGCUACCACAGUAACCUUUGUGCAUGUGUAGACAUGAUGCGGAGUUUCAGAAUAUAGAGGCGACAUGUCAGACAGGCACCGGGCGCUGCCGUCAUGGAUGGCGAAGAAGGAGGGGAAAAUGAAAGAAAAGGAGCCGCUGAAGAGCAGGAGGAGGGGGAAAACUGCAAGGGCUGCUUUCUACUGUAUGAACGAGAGAGAGCUAGUGGAAGCGGCUGUGUCGUAUCUUACCAGCGCUGCCUGCGUGGACGUGGCUCUGCUAACUGACCAGAAGGCCGAAGACAAGGCAGUAGACCGCUCGGUGAGGAUGAAGGAGAAGCCUUCAAAGACAACGGAGUCUGUAGAAGAGGAGGCCUCAGACGGCAGUGAUGCCCAGGAGACGACAUACAUUUCAGAAACAGACUUGGACAUUACAGAGGUGGAGACAGUGGCAAAUACCAGGAGCCUGGAGUGUCAGGGACCUGGGGGUCAGAGGUCAGAACCAGUUCAGGGUCACAGCGGUGUCAUGGAUGUCAAACUGGAGGCUGAGAAGAAACGGGAACACUUACACAUGCCAGCAGGCACAGCGGAGGAGGAUGACGCCUUGCGGCUUGUGCGAGAAAUCUUCUUCACCUGAUGAUGAGCUUAAUUGAAAUGUGUGCGCUGAGCCUUUUAAAGUGUUGGCAGUAAAUGGAAAAUAUUCUCUUUGAGGGGAAUGCCACCAACAUUACCUUCAUGACUUGUUACUUGUGAAUGUGCACAGCUCCUCCAUAAAGCUACACACUGAAGAAAUUAACCUUUAAGUAACUGUCACUGGUGUGUGAAACUUGGUACAAGAAUUAACCGUUUUUGUAUUGAGAUGAGGUGUAAAUGCAUCUUACAGUCUGGCCUCACAAAGUCUGAGGGCCCUUCAGUAUGAAGGGAGCUGCUAUAUUUUAUAAAUUUGACAUCCCACACACACGUCACACAUUUAUCAGUUUUUAUUUGUCUUAACUGUCAGUGAACUCUGAACCAACAGGAAUUACUAACACAGAUCAUGUGGUAUUUUGCUGUUGUAAUGUUAUUGUCCAUCACCGGAGUUUUAGUGCUCAGAGAGAUCUGCGUCUAUGAGGAAACUAACAGAACUGUAGUGUAGCUGAAUACCUGAGGCCUCUUUGGGACAAACAAAAAGGAUUUGGUGUCUGUGAAGCGGUUGCAGGUUUUCUCUCGAUGCCACCACACAUUCAAACAUUGAUAUUGAGCUGGAAGAUCAUCGAGCACACUCUCACAUUUCAGUGUGAAUUCAUGUUCACUACUUACUGUUGUUUUUCCCACUUAAAUGAUGAAAUAGCAGUUAUUUGUCCACUACCUCUUUAACUGAAAAAAAUAAAAAUAUAA